AUGGGGGAAAACAAUCGAAAAAAAAAACAAAAUUAAUAAAAGAAAACGCAAGUGAGAGCAAAUCUUGUUUCAGUAGUUACCGGAACAGCGCUUGCAACGCAUGAAAAUGAGCAACGUCAGGCGUAUUGUGAAACUUUUGUCACUAUUUCUCCUGAUACAGGCAAACUUUGCCCGUCAAUAUUCGUGCACCAUCGGCGAAGAAAAGCUUUGUACAUUCCGAGAUGUGCAGCUUAAGGCUUCCAAUCAGGCGGAGCAGGCUCAAUUUUCGAGCCCUGCAUCGGGUCCUUCAGUAAGAAACGUAAAAUUCGAUUCGUCUUCCCUAACUCAAUUCCCGGCAGUGCUGUUUCGAAACAUUCCCGAUUUGGAACUAGUGGAUGUCAGCUUCAGUGAUAUAAAACACUUUACGAAAGAAUCUUUGGCUGGUGCAGGCAAAUUAAGGGAAUUGAAUCUUACCGGGAACAAGAUAUCGGAACUGGAAAGCAAUCUGUUUGAAGAAACAUCAAAGUUGAAUAGUCUAGAUUUGACUCAAAACAGUAUAAACAGUGUUAAACCGAAUGCCUUCAAAGGGUUGAGACAGCUGAAGGUCCUUAACUUGGGGAGCAACCAAAUAACUUCUUUGCCUUCGAAAAUUUUCGUUCCUCUGGAAUCGUUGGAAACUGUUGAACUGCAAAAUAAUAAACUAUCCCAAUUGGAUGACACAACGUUCGCAACUUGUCGAUCGAUCGUUUCAGUCAACGUUUCUCAUAAUGAGCUACAAAGCUUCGAUUUACAACAACUCCAACAGGAAUACUCAGUGGAUGCCGUUGACGUUAGCUUCAAUAAGCUGAAAUCUGUCAAUAUUCCGGAAAAUCUACGUAAAUUAGUGGCUUCAAACAAUCAGAUCCAAUCACUGACAGUUACUGGAAAGAAUCCGGCCCUCAUAUUCUUGAGGCUUUCGCACAAUAAAUUGACAAGCAUUGAUCAAGUUCCGAACUUCAACAAGCUAGUGACGCUAGAUCUAUCCAACAAUCAAUUGACUAGCUUCGAUUUCCGAUCGAUUAACAAGUUCAAAGGACUGAUUCUUCUCAAGCUGGAUGGAAACCAACUGUCUUCGAUUUCCAACACCCUAACGAGUGACGCAACUCACCUGAAGUACAUCCACCUUUCUCGCAAUCAGCUAACGCAUCUGGAUUUGGAUAUCCUGAGAACGGUGCCUCGAAUCAUCACCCUAAAUUUGAGCCACAAUAAGCUCGUUCAGAUGACGGCGAAGAAAAUCAACGAUAAAUUCCCGGUCCUAGUUCGAAUGAUGCUGGAGGGCAACGAUUUCCGGUGCGAUAAAAUUGCUGAUUUGCAGAAGGAACUCAAGCAAACUUUCACCGAGUACAAAGUCGAGGUGGAUAAGUGCAAGAAAGGUCAACGCCUGUCGAAUGGAAUUUGCUGCUCCUGAGGGACGAUUACAUGGAUGGAUUCUUAGAUUUUAGAUAACAUCAAUUGUGUGUGAGGAUGUGAGGGUUUGGCAGAUUAUUAAAGUCAGUGGAGGGAAAAAUCGAA